AUGAGCGAUAACACCAAUAUCAACAAGAAUGAUCUAUUCUUAAUAUGUUCCAAAUGUUUACCCUUAUCAACUACAGCUGUUGCCAAUAACACCACUUCUGUUACCAUUACUAGAAAUAGCAACAAUAAUCAUACUUGUAAAAUAUGCACUAAUCCCUAUACAAGCUAUACCACCAAUAAUCCUACAAGGACAACAACAAAUAUAUGUGUGAAUUGUGCUAGAUAUAGGAAUAUUUGUCAAAUUUGUUUAUUAGAUAUGAUAUUGCAUAUUCCCAUACAGUUGAGAGACGAAAUUGUACAAAAAUUAGGCAUUAAAAGUAAUUCCAUUGUUUUUGCUACAACUAAUAGCGCUGUUACAGAUAAAUUGACAAAGAGAUACAUUGCAGAGAGAGAAAAACUACAAUUGGAAUCCAGUGGUGAGGCUGUAAGUGCUAAUCGCAAAUUAAACUAUGAUGAUAUUGCAAAGAAAAUAUCAGAGUAUUUAGCACACAAUAAAAAAGGCAACAACAAUGAUAAACCCUCUUUGGAUUUACGCAGUAAUAGCAACAAUAAACCGUUUGUACUUGGGGACAUUAGUAAUAAGUCAAUUAAAAGUGUAUUGCUUUUUCUUAUUAAGCAGUCUACAUUAUUGAAAAGUACGAAAGAUAAUAGCUGUAGUAAAUAUUUUAUUUAUAAUAUAAAUGUAAACUUGCCAGAAUGGGCAAUUCUAGAAAGUUUCAAAUCAUCUUUUUCCACUGUGAAAGAUGUUUCUACUUUUAAAAUUAUUUUUUCUCUUUUCAAACCUUCAGCUAAAUGUGGAUUGAUACAGUUGGACGAAGCUAUAAAUAUUAUUCAUGAAACUCAGAUUUGUUUUCAGUGUAAAUCAACUAAUGUCUAUGUUUUGCCAAUUAAUGAUCAAGACAAUUUUUUUACAGACACUAUUAAAACAUUGACCGAUCGUAUGACCAACAAAGAAUUGAAUACUUUAGGCUAUUAUAUUGACAAAAUUGUUAAAAAUGGUGCGACUAUUGAUGAUAAUCUUCGCGAUAAUAUGAAAUUUCAUGGGAAAAAUACGAACAAAAAUAGUAAAAAUACUACUGCUAAUAAUAGAAUAGUAAAAGAAAAAAAAAAGAAAAAAAGAAACUUUAAUAAUAAAUAUAGAAAAGGUUAA